GCUCUCGCGCCAAUCGUGUAUAUGAUCACCAAAGACUGGCUGAAACUGAAGUCUGAAGAGGAGCGCAGAGUCAUGUUAAAAUGCGCGCGAAUUCCUCGUAUGAUUAUCAUCGGUGGAUUUGUCGUAAUGUUUAUGUCAUUUAUUUUACUAUUUAUCCUUCCGUGCUUUGGAAUUACCAUGAGAUACAUUACGAAUGUAACCGAUUCGGACAAACCAUUGCCUCUGCAGACAUACUACUUCUACGACACGGACGUAAGUCCGUACUUCGAGCUCACUUUCUUUGCACAGGGUAUUACUCUUAUGAUAGCCGCUAUAGGUUAUACUGCUAUCGAUAGUUUCUUCGGAUUACUAGUUUUUCACGUAUGUGGUCAGCUGGAAAACCUUAAAGGACGAUUGUUAGGCCUUGGUGACAGCUCAAAUUUUGAUCGUGUUUUGGCGGACGUUAUAACGGAUCACGUACGGCUUAACAGGUUUUGUACAUAA